AUGAACGCCACGAGUGUGGUAUUCAUGGUGAUCGUGGUGACUUUGUCAAUGGCCGGGUCAGGCCACGGUAUGGCGUAUACCGUGUUCCAGGCGGUGGUCGAGUACUACCGGAUGCUGGGACCGGCACCACAAGAUGCCGUGCGGGACGCGGGUUUCGUGAGGCGGCAAUAUGACUUCGUGGUGGUAGGUGCCGGUUCCGGUGGCUCGGUGGUGGCCAACCGGCUGACCGAAGUGGCUGGCUGGACAGUAUUGCUGAUCGAGGCUGGCGGCGAGGAGAACGCCAUGACGGACGUGCCACUGCUGGUCAGCUAUCUAAUCGGCACAGGAUUCGACUGGGGCUACCGAACCGAACAGCAGGAAGGUAUAUGCGGUGCGAUGACUGACCGGAAGUGCAUGUGGCCCAGGGGCAAAGUGAUGGGUGGUACCAGCGUUAUCAACUACAUGGUGUACACUCGUGGUGUGCCGGACGACUACGACAACUGGGCCAGACUAGGCAACGACGGGUGGAGUUACGCGGACGUGCUGCCGUACUUUAAGAAAUCGGAGGACGUCAGGCAGAGCCCGCUGACAGAGUCACCGUACCACGGCCGCGGGGGAUAUCUCAAAGUGGAGGAGCCUACGUGGAAGACGAAACUAGGCCCAGUGUUCCUGCGCGCCGGCCGCGAGUUGGGCUACGACGUGCCAGCUGACCACAACGGGCCGCGGCCGUUGGGCUUCUCGUACGUGCUGGCCACGACAGACCAUGGCACCCGGUGCAGCGCGUCAAAGGCGUUUCUGCGGCCAAUCCGUAACAGGCCAAACUUUACAGUAACCAAAAAUUCGCUGGUAACAAAGGUACUCCUGGACCCACACACCAAACGUGCCACCGGUGUCAAGUUCGUGAAAAACGGACAGACCAUGGUGGUGCACGCCCGUAAGGAGGUAAUACUGAGUGCCGGUGCACUCAACACGCCACAGAUACUGAUGUUAUCAGGUAUUGGACCGGCCGAUCAUCUGGCCGAAGUCGGCGUGCCCGUCGUCAAGGACCUCAAGGUGGGCUACAACCUGCAGGAUCACGUGUCCAUGGCUGGGCUGGUUUUCCUGGUCAACCAGUCGGUGACCAUUAUCGAGAGCAGGUACCGAAACCCCAAGUACCUACUCCAGUACGCAGUCAGCGGCGGAGGUCCGUUCACCAUACCUGGGGGCGCGGAGGCGCUAGCAUUCACGGCCACGCGGCACGCGACCAACGGAUCCGUGGCCCCUGAUAUGGAACUGGUGUUCGGUCCAGGGGCCUUAACCGGUGACACGGGUGGGUCGUUGCGCAGGUUGCUCGGUAUGAACGAAACUUUCUACGAUCAGGUAUACGGAAAGUUCAAAGAACACGACGCUUGGGGUCUGGUGCCGAUCCUGCUCCGGCCCCUGAGUCGCGGACGCGUCAAGCUAAGGUCGAAUAAUCCUUUCCAAGCACCAAUGUUCUACGCUGGCUACCUGACGGACAAGCGAGACAGAGAAACUCUUAUCGAAGGCAUAAAACAGGCCAUUGCAGUGAGCGAGACUCCGGCGUUCCAAAAAUACGGUUCGAGGCUGUUGCCGAUUCCGUUCCCCGGCUGCGAACACGAGCAGUUCAUGUCAGAUGCGUAUUGGAUGUGCGCCACCGGACUCGUGUCCACCAACCUGCACCAUCAGUCUGGCACCUGCAAGAUGGGGCCGGACACGGACCCGGACGCCGUUGUGGACACGAAACUCAGAGUGCGCGGCAUCAAAGGCCUCCGAGUGGUCGACACUUCCAUCAUGCCCGUCAUACCGGCCGGUCACACCAAUGCGAUGGCUUUCAUGAUCGGCGAGAAGGCGUCCGACAUGAUCAAGGAAAACUGGCUCAAAUGA